AUGGAGAGCGUAGACUUCUAUACUUCCAGAUUCCGACGGUAUUUCUGGGACUCACAGCCCACGCAUGAUGCGAGCUCGAAACUUCCUAUUUGGUUACUAGGCAAAUCCUAUGACCCUUCAGAGAAAGCUCCUACGAUCAAGCACGAUGUCACAACUUCACCAGAAGAUGGUAGCUCCAUAAUCACGACACCUAAUAGACCCGUCACACCUCCAGACAGUGCUGCAAGCAGCUUCGACUCAGUAACCCACGACGAGGUUAGAAAUGCGGAUGUUGGAGGGGGCUGGCCGCCAUCCUUUCUCGACGACUUUGAGGCUAGAGUAUGGCUCACAUAUCGCUCCAACUUCCCUCUUAUACCAAAGUCUCAAGAUCCAUCAGCGGUGUCAGCAAUGUCUCUGCCAGUACGGUUAAGGAGUCAAUUCGGGAAUCAAGCUGGGUUCACUUCCGACACGGGAUGGGGUUGUAUGAUUCGCUCCGGGCAAAGCAUAUUAGCUAACACGUUAUUGAUGUUGAAACUGGGUAGAGACUGGCGGCGAGGUUCAUCAAUAUCUGAGGAGCGAGCACUCCUUGCAUUAUUUGCGGACGAUCCCAAAGCUCCAUAUUCGAUACACAAAUUCGUAGAACACGGAGCGGUAGCCUGUGGAAAGCAUCCUGGAGAAUGGUUCGGUCCUUCUGCAACAGCUCGCUGUAUACAGGCCUUAACGAACGGGUACGAUUCAUCAGAUCUCCGAGUAUACAUAACUGGUGAUGGGGGUGAUGUGUAUGAGGAUUCGUUCAUGGGUGUUGCGAAGCCUGAUGGAAAACCUUUCAUUCCUACUCUUAUACUGGUUGGCACAAGGCUAGGGGUAGACAAAAUAACCCCUGUGUACUGGGAAGCGCUCAAGGCAUCAUUACAGAUGCCGCAGUCUAUGGGAAUUGCGGGUGGACGGCCGUCAUCAUCGCAUUAUUUCAUAGGUGUUCAAGGUUCCUACUUUUAUUAUCUAGAUCCCCAUACCACUCGACCUGCACUCCCAUUACCCAUGGAUCUAAAAGACUAUUCUCAGGAAGAUAUAGACUCAUGUCACACGCGGCGACUUCAGCGUAUUCAAAUAAAGGAGAUGGAUCCAAGCAUGCUCAUAGCUUUCCUGAUCAAAGACGAGAAAGACUGGGAGGCAUGGAAGAAAGGUGUUCAGGAGGUGCAGGGGAAAGUGGUAAUCAAUGUAGCGGAUCGAGACCCCUCGCUUCACGGCCUUGGAGGAGAGCGGGAUGGAGCUAUCGAUGAGGUUGAGACGUUUGACGAUGACGAUGAUGAUACCAUGUGA